GCUGAGUGGCAUUAACGUUGCAAAUAAUGCGACAUGCGUCAUUGUUGGAUAACUGACAGUAUUUGAAUGAACCUUUAAAAAUAAAAUUUUCGUGUAAUUUAAUACACCGAUGAUAAACUUUUUUCAGUAUUCGUCUGAUCGUCUCACCGCUCUCACGUUGCCAGCUGCUGUAACUAUUAAAGCAAAAGAUGGCGGGUGAUUUGACACGUAGUCUCUUGACAGUAGGAGAAUUUCUGGAAAACCACAAUUCCGAUGUUUUUCUUAAUGUUUUGAAACUAUAUAAUACCGCAAUUGAUGUUAAGGCAUCCUCACGGGUCAAAAAGUCGAAUUUACCCGAAUUAGACGUGUGGUUCCAAUCAGAGCUGCCAGCUGCCCUCAAGAGUAGAAGGGAUUCUCCUCACCUUCUCCACAGCGAGCUGGUCAAGCUCAUGGAAUGGAAGCUGUCCAGGGGGAAGUUCAGGCCUCGUUUGGUAGAUCUUGCUGCCAGCAACACUAACGAGCUGGUCAAGCAAGUAACUACUGAGGGACUGAAGCUAGCAAAGGAAAACGAGCCAUCCCGUGCUCUUGCUGUUCUUUGCAAGCUUCGGGGCGUAGGUCCAGCCACGGCAUCAUCCAUCCUAGUAGCUGCAGCUCCCGACAAGUACGUCUUCUUCGCUGACGAGGUCGCCCAUGCUGCGCUCGGCACCACGAGCCUCAAAUAUUCCGAGGCAGAGUACCUGAAGCUCAAUGACGUCAUCAUUGAAGCUGCCAAUCAGAUCAAUAAGGAGCAGGCAAUGAAUGAAUCCGAAGGUACUUGCGUCGAAAGGAAGUUUUGGACGCCACACGACGUAGAGCGAACUGUCUGGUGUUAUGCAAUCCUUCGUCAGAACAAGCCUGAGCUUUUGGUAAAAGCUUUGAUAACUUCGAAAAAAACUCAAACGUAAUUCCGCGAAAGAUCAAUAUGUUCUCAAAAAAGGAUAAGUAGAAAUUUAUCUAAUAAUUUAGUUAUGGCAAUGUGCUUUGAGGCAAAGGUGGGAAGAUAUUGAUCGUACAAUUUUUUUUUAGAAGAGGACCGUGCAUUCCAUUUACCCGAGGCUAUGCAUUUUUUUUACAUGAAAUUGUUUUUACA